UUGAGUUCGGUAAAUUACUUUGUUCUUGUGACCCGCGUUUUUCUUUUAGUUUUUGAAUAUGCUUAAUAUUCUUGAGAACCGCAAGUUUCGAAUCUAUAUUAUUUUUUUCUAAAACUAUCGGGAAAUGUUAGCGGUCGAAAAUUCUUACAUAUGGCAAAAUGUGACUUUUCUAUAUAAUUCAAAUUUCUUAAUUUAUAAAAAUAAUUGUUAUUCGCUGUAAAUUAUUUUGUUAUUUGUAGAAACUCAUUAUGGCAUUUCUCACUCAUUCGCAAAAAAGCUUCAUACAGCCCCUUCUAUCUGUUUGAAUUAUUUGUAGAUUUAGGUCAAUCACUUUGUGUGAAACAAUAUGCUUUGAUCAUUAUUGAUAAAUAUCAUGGAACUUAAUCGAGGAUAUCACUUGCCAAGGGACAUCAGUAGUGGUUCUAUAUUUAAUGCUAUUAAUCUUUCAUGGAUCACUCAACAUAAAACUGCUUUGCUGAUCAUUUCAGGGGUAAAAGAUUAAAUCUAGUAGUUACUGCUGACUUACAGUGCCAGCCUUACAUGCUAAUGAUUUUAGUUACUACAAACUAGUGCUUGCUGCUGUCAUCUUAAUUGGUGGAUUUUUUGGCAGUGAUGCUUAUAGACAUACAAAUGAUGAAUUGGAAAGUGUUAUUCAACCUGCACCUAGAACAAUUCUUCCUCCUGUUACAUGGAGUGGCAUUUGUCCUAGACCUGCAAAAUGUCCAAAAAGUUUUCAGGGCACUCCUCCUUUGAUCUUGGUGUCUCUUGAUGGGUUUCACCCAGAUUACAUGAAAAGAGGUCUUACUCCAACAAUCAACAGAAUUGCUCAAUGUGGAGCUAAAGCAGAUUUCUUAUAUCCUGUAUUUCCAUCCAAAACAUUUCCAAAUCAUUAUAGUAUAGUCACGGGUCUUAAUCCUUCAUCUCAUGGUAUUAUAGAUAAUAACAUGUAUGAUCCCUUUAAGAGGAAGAUGUUUAAAGUUGGAUCUCCUGAAAUGAAUGAACCCCACUGGUAUCAGAAAGACCCAAUUUGGGUAACUGCUGAACAGCAAGGCAAAAGAACUGCAAGUUUUUUCUGGCCUGGCACUGAUGUUCACAUAAGUGGUAUUACUCCAACCUACAACAAAAAGUACAAAUCGAAACUUAGUUUUGACAUUAGAGUUGAUCAAAUACUUGAAUGGCUGGAUUUGCCACCAUUAUCAAGGCCAAGUUUUAUCACACUUUAUGUUAAUCAGCCAGAUAAUGCUGCCCAUUGGUAUGGAACAAAAUCUCAACAGGUUAAUCAAGCUAUAUCAAGCGUGGAUAAUAUGAUAGCAAGGCUAUUUGCCGGAUUACAGCUUCGAAAUAUUACUGAUUGUGUAAAUGUUGUGAUAGUGUCUGACCAUGGCAUGUCUGAUAUUGAUUGUAAGCUUGUUGUGGACAUUAAGAAUUAUAUGAAUGUUUCUGAAAUAUUCUCAACGAUGGGACCUUUUGGUCGUAUACGUCCUAAAGGAAGAAAAAAUUCAACUGCUAUAGUAGACAUAAUUACGAAGUUAAAAUGCCAAAGUGAGCACAUGAGAGUUUAUCCAAAAGAACAACUGCCUGUUCGAAUGCAUUAUGCUGAUAAUGCUCGAAUUGAACCUAUAUUCCUAGAUAUGGACAGUAGCUGGACUGUUGUCAGCAAAGGCGUUAAGCCUGGUGAUGAGAUCUGUACUGGUGGUGCUCAUGGAUAUGAUAAUCUUUUUCCUGAUAUGAAGGGUAUUUUUCUAGCUCAUGGACCUUCUAUAAAACGAAAUGUAUCUAUAAAACCUUUUAUUAAUACUGAAAUUUAUGAAUUUUUAACAGAAUUGAUUGAUAUUAGACCCAAUCCAAACAAUGGAACCAGAGGAAGCUUACAUCAUAUAAUGAAAAGGCCUCAUGCAGUGGAAGAACAAUAUGAACCUGCUCCUCCAGCGGUUGGUGAAAUUCCAUCUGACACUCAAGAGUAUAACUUUCGUCUUUAUGCUUCUGAAUGUUCUUGCCCUCAGUCCAAGAAACAGACGAACAUUGCAGAUAAAGCAAGCAAAAAUUAUGUACACCUCCCAUUUGGUGUGCCCUUUAGCAAAGAAGACAACAAUACUCUUCGGCUUUUAUAUAAUGAAGAUUAUUUACUUGCAUUUGAUUUGAAAUAUCGUAUACCUAUGUGGACAGCUUUUACUCUUGAUGGCAAGAGACAAGUUUCAAAAGUGGCGAACAUUUGUUGGACAGCAGAUGCUAGGAUACCUAUUAGUGAUUCAGCACAUUGUAAAGACUAUGAUAAACCUGUUGUCAAGAAACAGAAUAUCCUACAAAGGCCACUUUAUCCGCCUGGGUUUUCUGACCAAUCUCUAAGGGAUCAAGCUUUCUUUAUAACAAAUUCUAUUCCCAAAUCUCACAACCACACAAAUAUUUUGGAGAGCAAGAUGAUUGAAAUCCUCAAUAGAUGGGCUGUGAAAGAAGGCCAGCUCAAUGUGAUGAUGGGGCCAGCCUUUGAUCUUUCGGCAACUGGGAUCAGACCAGACAUUGGGAAAAUUAUGCGGACUCAUGAAAAUUAUGGACCUUUAGUUGUACCUACUCAUAUAUUUGUGGUAACUACAUGGUGUUCAGAUAAAGUCAACCAAAUUAAAGACUGUAAUCCGUCCAAAUUGGUAGCCCAAGGCUUUUUGCUACCUAAUAAACCUUUCACACAGAAUUGUGAACUUGGCAUUGACAUUAUUCAAAAAAAUGUUGCUCGUAUUGUGGACAUUGAAAACUUAACAGGACUGUCAUUCUAUAGAAGUUUGCCAAUUUAUGAUGCCAUCAGGUUGAGAACAGCUAUGCCCUCUAGAUCUGUUUCGUGAAAUGUACAAAAUAUUUCAUACAUGGUGCACAAAUAGAUUUUAAUUUAAAGGUUGUAGAUAAUUUUUUAACACAGUAUUCUUUUUUAUUUGUAUUUUUCAAUUCUAAAGGAUUUUAACUGAUUAUUAUGGUUGUUAUGUCUAUAUAAAUAUUUAAAUAAUGACAUUUUUUGUUAACAAUUUUAACCCUUUUAAAACUUUGUUAUGGAAUAAAUUUUUUUCAAGAAAUG